AUGGACAAAGUUACCAAUGUGCGUAACAUUUCCGUCAUUGCCCACGUCGAUCACGGUAAGUCCACUUUGACCGAUUCUUUGGUCCAAAAGGCUGGUAUUAUCUCUGCCAAGGCCGCUGGUGACGCCAGAUUCAUGGACACCAGAAAGGAUGAGCAAGAAAGAGGUAUUACCAUCAAGUCCACCGCCAUUUCUUUGUACGCUGGUAUGGAGGACGACGAUGUCAAGGAGAUCCCUCAAAAGACCGACGGUAACUCUUUCUUGAUUAACUUGAUUGACUCGCCAGGUCACGUUGACUUCUCUUCUGAAGUCACUGCUGCUUUGCGUGUUACCGAUGGUGCUUUGGUUGUCGUCGACUGUGUUGAAGGUGUCUGUGUCCAAACCGAAACCGUCUUGAGACAAGCUUUGGCUGAAAGAAUUAAGCCAGUUGUCAUCAUUAACAAGGUUGACAGAGCUUUGUUGGAAUUGCAAGUCACCAAGGAGGACUUGUACCAAUCCUUCUCUAGAACUGUUGAGUCCGUCAACGUUAUCAUCUCCACCUACUCUGAAAAGACUCUUGGUGACGUCCAAGUCUUCCCAGAAAGAGGUACCGUUGCUUUCGGUUCCGGUUUGCACGGUUGGGCUUUCACCGUCAGACAAUUCGCCACCAGAUACUCCAAGAAGUUCGGUGUCGACAGACAAAAGAUGAUGGAGAGAUUGUGGGGUGACUCUUACUUCAACCCUAAGACCAAGAAGUGGACCAACAAGGACAAGGACGCUGAUGGAAAGCCAUUGGAGAGAGCUUUCAACAUGUUCGUUUUGGACCCAAUCUUUAGAUUGUUCUCUUCUAUCAUGAACUUCAAGAAGGACGAGAUCCCAACCUUGUUGCAAAAGUUGGAGAUCAACUUGAAGGGUGACGAGAAGGACUUGGAAGGUAAGGCCUUGUUGAAGGUUGUCAUGAGAAAGUUCUUGCCAGCUGCCGACGCCAUGUUGGAGAUGAUUGUCUUGCACUUGCCAUCCCCAGUUACCGCUCAAGCUUACAGAGCCGAGACCUUGUACGAAGGUCCAGCUGACGACGAGCACUGCCAAGCCAUCAGAAACUGUGACCCUAAGGCUGACUUGAUGUUGUACGUCUCCAAGAUGGUUCCAACCUCCGACAAGGGUAGAUUCUACGCUUUUGGUAGAGUUUUCGCUGGUACUGUCAAGUCCGGUCAAAAGGUUAGAAUCCAAGGUCCAAACUACCAGGUUGGUAAGAAGGAGGACUUGUUCUUGAAGUCCAUCCAAAGAACCGUUUUGAUGAUGGGAAGAGCCGUCGAACAAAUUGACGACUGUCCAGCUGGUAACAUUAUCGGUUUGGUUGGUAUUGACCAGUUCUUGUUGAAGUCUGGUACCAUCACCACCUCUGAGACCGCCCACAACUUGAAGGUCAUGAAGUUCUCUGUCUCUCCAGUUGUCCAGGUUGCCGUUGAGGUUAAGAACGCUAACGACUUGCCAAAGUUGGUCGAAGGUUUGAAGAGAUUGUCCAAGUCCGACCCAUGUGUCUUGACCAGUAUUAACGAGUCUGGUGAGCACGUUGUCGCUGCCACCGGUGAAUUGCACUUGGAAAUUUGCUUGAACGAUUUGCAAAACGACCACGCUGGUAUUCCAUUGAAGAUCUCUCCACCUGUGGUUUCUUACAGAGAAACCGUCCAGGCCGAGUCCUCCAUGGUUGCCUUGUCCAAGUCUCCAAACAAGCAUAACAGAAUCUACGUCAAGGCUCAACCUUUGGACGAGGAGGUUUCCUUGGACAUUGAGGGUGGUGUUAUCAACCCAAGAGAUGACUUCAAGGCCAGAGCUAGAAUUUUGGCUGACAAGCACGGUUGGGACGUUGCUGACGCCAGAAAGAUUUGGUGUUUCGGUCCAGACGGUAACGGUCCUAACCUUGUUGUUGACCAGACCAAGGCUGUUCAAUACUUGAACGAAAUCAAGGACUCUGUUGUCGCUGCUUUCCAAUGGGCUACCAAGGAAGGUCCAAUCUUUGGUGAGAACGUCAGAUCCGUCAGAGUUAACAUCUUGGAUGUUACUUUGCACGCUGAUGCUAUCCACAGAGGUGGUGGACAAAUCAUCCCAACCAUGAGAAGAGUUACCUACGCUUCCAUGUUGUUGGCUGAGCCAGCUAUCCAAGAACCAGUCUUCUUGGUUGAAAUCCAAUGUCCAGAAAACGCCAUUGGUGGUAUCUACUCUGUCUUGAACAAGAAGAGAGGUCAAGUUGUUUCUGAAGAACAAAGACCAGGUACCCCAUUGUUCACCAUCAAGGCUUACUUGCCAGUUAACGAAUCCUUCGGUUUCUCUGGUGAAUUGAGACAAGCCACUGGUGGUCAAGCUUUCCCACAAUUGAUCUUCGACCACUGGGCCGUCUUGAGCGGUGACCCAACCGACCCAACCACCAAGCCAGGUGCCAUUGUCAAGGCCAAGAGAGAGCGUACUGGUCAAAAGCCAGAAGUUCCAGGCUACGAAGAAUACUACGACAAGUUGUAA